AUGCUGAUCUUCAAGGAUGUUUUCACCGAUGAUGAGCUCGCCUCUGACUCUUUCCCAAUGAAACUUGUCGACGAUCUCGUCUAUGAGUUCAAGGGAAUGCACGUUGUGCGUAAGGAAGGAGAUAUAGUUCUUGCUGGAGCUAACCCAUCAGCUGAAGAAGAGGUCGACGACGGAACCGAUGAGCAUGUUGAGCGCGGUAUUGAUAUUGUUCUCAACCACAAUCUUUCUGAAAUGAACCUCUACGAGGAUCCGAAACAGUUCAAGGGCUACAUCAAGGAGUUCAUGAAGAAGGUUGUCGACCACAUGACCAAGAAUGGAAAAUCGGAAGAGGAAAUCAAUGCUUUCAAGACCAAGAUCCAGGAAUGGGUUAAGAGCCUUCUUGCCAAGGACCGUUUCAAGAACCUUGCCUUCUUUGUCGGAGAGAAACAGGCUUUGGGAUCAGGAGAAGGACAAGUUGCUAUUAUUGAAUAUAGAGACGUUGAUGGAACCGAGGUUCCAACUCUUAUGCUUGUCAAGGAGGCCGUCGUCUCUGAGAAAAUCUAA